AUGUUUCCUGGGAGUUUAUUUUUCAUGAUUUUGCUUAUUUCUCAGAUGAAAGAAAAGGCCAUCCUUGGAGUAGAGGGUCAAGAACUGGUUUAUCCUAGAAAACUCUCCUUGAUGCAGAAGAGAGAUGUGGGGCACAGCCAUGACUAUGACAUAGAGGAAACUUAUGAAGAAGAAUUAUUGUAUGAAUUAAAAAUGAAUAGGAAAAUCUUAAUACUUCACCUUUUAAGAUCAAGGGAAUUCCUUGCUUCAAAUUACAGCGAAACAUUUUACUCCAUAAAAGGAGAGAUCACCAAGCAUCCUCAAACGACGGAGCACUGCUUUUACCAAGGAUCUAUCAUCCAUGAACUUGAUUCAGCUGCUAGUAUCAGCACGUGUAAUGGUCUAAGGGGAUUCUUCAGGAUCUAUGACCAAAGAUACCUCAUUGAACCAGUAAAAUACACAGAUGAUGGAGAACAUUUGGUUUUCAAAUAUAACCCCAAGACACAGUAUGUUGCCAAUCAUUCUUGUACAGAGUUCAAUUUUACCAGGACAGAAGUUCCAAAGGAUAAUACUAAAUCCAUGGAUGACUCAAAAAUGGAAAUUAUCGAUAAAGAAAAGUAUGUUGAACUGUUCAUUGUUGCUGAUGAUAGUGUGUAUCGCAGAAAUAAUCAUCACAGUAACCUCAGGAAUCGUGUUUGGGGAAUGGUUAAUUAUAUCAACAUGAUUUAUAAAACUUUAGAUGUUCACGUGACACUAGUUGGCCUUGAAAUGUGGACAAAUGGAGACAAGAUAGAAAUAGAUGCAAAUUUAGAAACUACCUUAAUGCGUUUUUCUGCUUGGCAAGAAGUAGUCCUUAAGAAAAAGAAGAAUUUUGAUCAUGUUCUGCUACUCAGCGGCAAGUGGCUCUACAAACAUGCACAAGGAACUUCUUACCCAGGGGGCAUAUGCCUGCCCUAUUACUCCUCAAGUGUCGUUAAGGAUCUUUUGCCUGAUCUAAAUAUAGUUGCGAGCAGAAUGGCACAUCAGCUGGGGCACAAUCUGGGCAUGCAGCAUGAUCACUACCCGUGUACCUGCACUUUGGGGAAGUGUGUGAUGGAUACCGGCGGAAGCAUUCCUGCACUAAAAUUCAGUAAAUGCAACAGAAACCAGUUUCUGCAGUACUUGAAGGAUUAUAAACCAACGUGCAUGGUCAAUAUGCCAUUUUCUAAGUUCCAUGAUCUCUCAUAUUGUGGAAAUAAGAAGGUGGAUGAGGGAGAAGAAUGUGAUUGCGGUCCUAUACAGGAGUGCACUAAUCCUUGCUGUGAUGCACAAAAAUGUGUGUUGAAGCCAGGAUUUACUUGUGCAGAAGGAGAAUGUUGUGCAUCUUGUCAGCUGAAAGAAGAAGGGUCCAUUUGCAGACCCGCAAAAGAUGAAUGUGAUUUUCCUGAAAUGUGCACUGGCGUCUCCUCUGGAUGUCCUAAGGAUCAAUUCCAAGCAAAUGGAUUUCCUUGCAAGAAUGCAAAGGGCUACUGCUUUAUGGGGAAAUGUCCCACUCGGGAUGAUCAGUGUGAGGAGCUGUUUAAUGACGAGGCAAAAGCCAGCCCUGAUAACUGUUACAAGAUAAAUAAAAAAGGAAAUAAACUUGGAUACUGCAAAAACAAGGAAAAUGGAAUAAUACCCUGUGAGGAGAAAGAUGUCAAAUGUGGAAAAAUACACUGCACCAGAAAACAGCACCCACCUCUUUUUGAGGAAGAAGAGCUCCAUCGCCUCAAGACAGUUGCAAAGCAGAAUAGCACCACUGAAUGCAAAGCCUUUUCAGAGCACGAUUACAGAGAUGUUGACCUGGUUGCUCCUGGAACUAAAUGUGGAGAGGGAAAGGUGUGCAUUGAUAGUGAAUGUGUAGAUAUCAAGAAGGUCUACAGUCCAACCAACUGCUCUUCUCAGUGCGAUGACAAUGCCGUGGAUGACUAUAAACUCAAGUGUCGGUGUGAGGAAGAACCAGCACCUGCGUACUGGGAAGAAAGCAUAAGUGUAACCAAUAUCUCUAUCUUGGUGGUUGUGCUCGUUCUGGUUAUUAUUAGUGUUGGAAGUAUUGCAUUAUUAAUUCAUCACCAAAAGUGCAUUAAGCUGAAGCAAGUUCAGAGCCCACCUGGAGAUACACUGGGCGUGGAGAAUAAGGGAUAUUUUGGUGAUGAGCUGCAGAUAAGGUCUGAGCAGAUCUUACCAGAUGUUCAUCCCUUCCAUAGUCCUGCAAGUAAUGAUCUGAGAGGAACAGCAGAGUUUAACCCAAAUGCCAAAUUGAGCUUGAAACUGGAUAUCCAAAAUGGCUGUGCAAAGCUUGGUUGAAGAUUUGGACGCAAGAUGGU